AUGGAGGGGCUAGGCAGAUCCAUGCUCUACUCCUCUCUGCUGUUCACUGUGAUUCUCUCACUAAUGGAGAUGUACAGAGAAAAGCUGGCCUCCUCUGAGCCGUUGACAAUCCUCGGGGGUUUCAUUAGCUCCCUUCUCUUUCUCACGCUGCUCACUGUAAGUCUCUCACCAGCCUUCAUCCAAUCUCUGAUGGCCCUUUCUUUAGCUUAUUCCAUUGGUCAACAGCUUUAUAUUUAAGUUCUUAAAUUCCGAGUUGACCGGCGGAUUGCUACUGCUGAUUUUAUCAUAUUAAUAUUCCAUAAUAUUUGAUAAUUUAAUGUUUAUAAUUGGGAAGAAACCCCACCAAGCUCCCAUUGCAUAAUUGUGAAUUUCCUCUGCCUAGAAAUUAAUAUAUAUCUUAUUCUGCGUUUUCCAGUUAAUCGGGAAUUUUCAGGAAUCUUCUGGCAACAGAACAGGUUGGGGCGCUGGUAAGCAUCAUUAUUUAUUUAUUUAUUUAUUUAUUUAUUUAUUUAUUGCCAUUUUAAGCCUGUUUCUCCUCGAUGGCUCCCAUGCAGUGGCAUUGGCUGAAUCUGUGGCUCUCAUCGCCGCUGGCACCGUUCAUCGCGUCUGCAUCACCACAUGGUAUAACAGGGCUCGGAUCACAGAGGGUGUUUAUUAUUACUAUUAUUAUUAUUAUUAUUAUUAUUAUUAUUAUUAUUAUUAUUAUUAUUAUUAUUAUUAUUAUUAUUAUUAUUAUUAUUAUUAUUAUUAUUAUUUGUUAUUUCUAAAAAAGAGGGUAUUUGUGCUGGACGCGUGCAGCUUCUUGUUCUCGGCGGCACUGCUGUACGAAGUGGACAAGCUCUCGGGAAUGGCCUCGACGAGGAGCGAGCCGAAGACGGCGAAGAGAUACUGA